AUGGCUCCUGGGAUUUCCAGUUGUCACUAUUCUGAAGGUCCUCAUUCUAUCUCCUUCUCUGGAUCUGGAUUUCUGGCCACCUACCAGUUAGGGGUCACCCAGUGCUUUCUUAACUAUGCACCCUGGAUCCUGAGCACGGCACCUUGUGUCUUGGGAGCCUCAGCUGGCUCUCUGGUAGCUGCUGCUGUAGUCUGUGAAAUGAGCCCUGUAACUAUCCGUGAAGAGGUGCUGAACUUUGCCAAACAGAUGAAGUCUUUCACACUUGGACCACUCAACCCCUCCAUCAAUGUUUUAAGAUGGUUAGAGAGCGUUUUGAACAAAUAUCUUCCUCCUGAUGCACACCAACUGGCCAAUGGACGUCUCGCUGUGGCAAUGACCCGCAUGACUGACAGCAAACUCACCAUCAUGUCAAAGUUUUACUCCAAAGAGGACGUUGUGCAGGCUUUGCUCUGUAGCUGCUUUGUGCCAGGGUACUGCGGUCUGCUGCCUCCAUCUUUCCAUGGAGAGUAUUAUGUGGAUGGGGGUUUUAGGAGCAUGCAACCACAGUCACCUGUGCCCUGCAGCUCCAUCCUGACAGUGUCCCCGUUCUCUGGAGAGGUGGAUAUCUGUCCUUCGGAUGCUCCAUCCAUGUGGGACAUGGUCGUGAGUGGGACCACAUUAAAGGGGAACAUAGCGAACAGUUUCAGGAUUCUCAAUGCUCUGUAUCCCAUCGCUUUAGAGACUCUUGACGAAGCUUUCCACAGUGGCUACAAAGAUGCCUUCAGCUUCCUUCUCAACAACAAUCUUGCCAAGGACUCAAUUUUAAACCAAGUUUCCCAAAAUGAGCCACGCUACUACGACCAGAAUAAAGAGUGGCAGCAGCCUGAGGACAACAUCGAGGGAGAGGAGGAGAUGAAGGAGGGAAAAGGGACAAGCAAACAGAAGCCUAUUACGGAAAAUACACAUGUGACAGGCAGCCCCGUAGAGCCUGAAUCAACCCCUAAUCUACCAACAAAGGCUCUACGAUCUGACAUUGUGAGGAAUGUUUUGCUGAGCAACAUGGUGACCUAUCUGAGCAUGUUUGGACUUCCUGCAAGAAUUUUAUCCCACCUGUUUCUACCUCUGAUGGUUUCGUUUUAUGCUGUACUCCAGAGCAGAAAGAGGUUAGAGCUGAUGUUCAGUCAGGCACCAGAGUUUGUGUUCUGGCUCUGGCACGCUGUGAGACACUUUACCCUCUUUUUUUAUGAAAUAGUCAUCUUCAGCCUCAAGAAGAACAUACACGACCGGGUAAUGCCUACCAUGCUGCUGCUACAGUGGCUGAAAAUCCAGUCCCGGUAUGAGAACCUAACAGGCGAGAAACAUCCUACACCUGGCCGAAAGUCCCCCUCUUCUGCCCACUCAGAUGGCAUGAAGCGCAGUCCUGUACUAUGA